GGUAUAGAGCUACCACCACGCGAGGUGUUCUUCGGCCCAGACUCAUACCCGAGUGUCGAGUUGACCAGGUCAAUCAUUGCUGCUUCUUUGCUUUUACACACAAACACAACGUAACUUAAUCGCAGCUUAUAAGAGCCAUACUCAUUUUAUCGCAAGCCCGCCUGCCGUUGCGACCCACAUAGCGAGCUCGCCUUUCACACAAAAGCGCUGUUAUACAUGCAUAUCAGGAAUGCGUUGUGAUAGCCGAUUAUCUAGCUCGCGUUAAUUUGGCGGCUUGUUGCAUUCUUUCUGCGCUACUGUCACACCUGGCGGGCUCCAUGGACAAGCACCAGCAGCGCUGAGACGGGAGUUGGAUGACACUUCGUCAAAAGCGUACAUGGGGACCCUCAGGAAGCUUGCCGGUGGCGAUACUGUGGCUUCUGGGCGUCCUCUCGCUAUUCAAAGCAGAGGCCCAGUCACCCCCUCAGACUCCUGAAUUCCUUCAGCCUCCACCGCCACCCCCGCGGCGGCUGCCCUUCGAUGGCAUACCUGCUGCCCCACGGCAAGAUACUGCGCAGCCGCCCGGGGACACACAGGGUACCGUAGACGCGCCACCGCCGCCCACGGCCCCACCACCGGGCCUACCACUGCCACCCACGGCACUGCUACCGCCGCUGGCACCGUCGCCGCCUCCGGACCUGCCGCCACCAAACGCGCCGCCGCCGCCGGCGCAGCCCGACCAGCCACCGACGAUCCCAACAACACCACCCGUGUCACCGGAUGUCCCAUCGCUGCCACAGCAGCCGCCGCCCCCAGACAUGCCGCCUCCGGGAACACCAUCGCCACCUCCGGACCUUCCGCCACCGGCAGCGCCGCCGCCUGAUCUGCCACUUCCUCUGAACCCACCACCCUCAAUGCCUCCUCCAGUUGCACCAUCGCCGCCACCAGAGACUCCAGUGGGAGAGCUGCCUCCACCACCGGAUGCGCCGCCGCCAGCGACGCCGCCGCCGGAUGUGCCGCCGCCUGCAACCCCUAUGACUGAGCAGCCUCCGCCACCGGAUGUGCCGCCGCAAGCGACGCCGCCGCCAGAUGUGCCGCCGCCUGCAAUCCCUGUGGCUGAGCAGCCUCCGCCACCGGAUGUGCCGCCGCUAGUAGCGCCGCCGCCUGCAACCCCUGUGACUGAGCAGCCUCCACCACCGGAUGCGCCGCCGCCAGCGACGCCGCCGCCGGAUGUGCCGCCGCCUGCAACCCCUAUGACUGAGCAGCCUCCGCCACCGGAUGUGCCGCCGCCAGCGACGCCGCCGCCAGAUGUGCCGCCGCCUGCAAUCCCUGUGGCUGAGCAGCCUCCGCCACCGGAUGUGCCGCCGCCAGUAGCGCCGCCGCCUGCAACCCCUGUGACUGAGCAGCUUCCGCCACCGGAUGUGCCGCCGCCAGCGACGCCGCCGCCGGCCACGCCGCCACCGGCCGCUCCGUUGCCACCGCCGGAGACGCCGGUAGGGGAGCAGCCUCCGCCACCGGAUGUGCCGCCGCCAGCCAUGCCGCCGCCGGAGUUGCCGCCACCGGCCGCUCCGUUGCAACCGCCGGAGACGCCGGUAGGGGAGCAGCCUCCGCCACCGGAUGUACCGCCGCCAGCCAUGCCGCCGCCGGAGUUGCCGCCACCGGCUGCUCCGUCGCCACCGCCGGAGACGCCGGUAGGGGAGCAGCCUCCGCCACCGGAUGUACCGCCGCCAGCCACGCCGCCGCCGGAGACGCCGGUCGGGGAGCAGCCUCCGCCACCGGAUGUGCCCCCGCCGCAAGCGGCGCCUCCGCCACUGGCGCCGCCGCCAGAGACACCCGUUGCGGACCAGCCGCCGCAGGACGCGCUGUCGCCACCCGCGCUAGAGCCACCUUUGCCUCCGACAGUGCCUCCGUCGCCGGAGCCGUCUCUUCCGAUCUUGCCUUCGCCGGAGUCGCUGCCAACUGUAGAUGCGCCUCCUCCUCCUUCGGUUUCCUUCCUGCCACCCACUCCGGCACCAGCGGAUCCGACGCCGUCGUCACCCGAGCCUCCCUCUCCUGCACCUCCCUCUCCUGCGCCGCCGCUUCCUGCCCCCUCACCGCAUCCGCCCUCGCCACAUCCGCCCUCACCGCAGCCGCCCUCGCCGCAGCCGCCGCCUCCUCCACCUUCGCCACGCCCGCCCUCGCCAGCGCCGCCCAAGCCUCCUCCGCCCACACCGCCAGCGCCACCCUCGCCUCGGCCUCCGUCUCCCGACCCGCCCUCCCCUCCGCCGCCUAGCCCGCAGCCGCCGUUGCUGCCCUCGCCGCCGCCACCGGUGCCUGAGCAGCAGCUGGUAUUCAAUGCGCCGCUGCUGCUGCCGCUGUCACUGUCGCAGCCCAAUGCCACAGUGGAUCCGUUUGCACGACUGGUAUCGCUCAAGCUGAUGCAGGUUGCGGCGCCUGCUGGCACCUACCUGUGCGAGUUCCUGCCUGCUUCUGCGCCCCCGCCCGGGCUGGGCUACAUGAACCUGACAGAGGCCAACUCCUUCGGCAGCAGGCUAUGGUAUGCGCUCCCGCCCGGUUUCACGGCCCUGUUGGCCCCCGUGAACUCAUCGCCGUACAUUUUUCUGCUGCUGAUCACCGGUGGCGGCAGCAGCGGCGGCUCGCGCUUCGUGGUGCAACAGCGCUGCACACUGACGGCGGCGUACCGCGCGGCAGCAGGGGAGGAGCAGGGCAACGCCACAUCUGCGGCCACGGCACUGCUGCCCGGCGGCGCCUACACCUCCACCUACACGGCAGAUGCCGCCAGCUCCUGGGGGGCGCUGGUGUACUGCCAUGUGCUGUACGGCGGCGGGCUGGGCGGGCGAGACGCGGUGUCGGCGCUGCUGCUGCCGGACCCGGCGGUGCGCCCCCUGCUGACCAACACGAGCUUCUUCGGGCCGGCGCUCCCACAGGCGCUAUCGCAGCCACUAAAUCACAAGGCCUUUUUCUUUUGGACCCAGACUACCUCGCCGCCCUGCUGCGGCAACGAAACGGCACCCACCGCCACCUGCGACCCGUUGUCCUUCCUGGGCCCACUGCCGCUAUACGACGCCGGCGGCGGCGGCCAGCAGCUCAACACCACCAGUGGUGAGGUCCCGCUGUUCCCGCCCUGUGACCGCAAUUGGGGCCUGCACCGCAGCUUCACGUGCCAGGUGCCGCGCGUGUGGGCGCGAGCGCCCGCCGCCAGCCCCAACCCUGCCACCGGCCGCCCCCGCGAGGUGGUGAUGUUCGCUGCGGCAGUGCCGUACUGGACAGCCGUGCAGCGCUGCGCCCUACUGGAUGGCGAGGGUGGCGCCGGGCCGGGGCGGCUGAUGUCGCUGCCUGACGACUCCAGUGGCGUGUGGGGCGCUGAGGCGCUGGCCAGCUGGCCGGGCGAGCCCGGUCAGGCGGUGUGGGCGGUGGACGCAGGUGUCAACUGCAGCACAGCCGCGCUGCCGCUAAGCCUGAGCGGUGGCAACGGCGGCAGCGACGUCACGUCUGCGGGCCAGGUGCUGUGCGAUGACUUGCUGUUCUUCGUCUGUGUAAGAGAUCUGGACUUCCCCAGCCCUAGCCCGCCCAGCCCGGCGCCACCCACCCCGCCCGGUCCACAGCCGCCGCGGCCGUUGUCACCGCCACCACGUGUGCUGCUGCAGCCGUCGCCGCCAGAUGUGCCACCGCCGCCGCCCGACGGCCCUGACCAGGCUAGCGCCUUCAUGCCGCCUCCUCCGGCCGGCAGUGGCGGAAGCAGUCUGCAGGCUCAGGCCGAGGCGCUGCUGCGCAUUGCCUCCACCUUCGACUCGGGCCCCGGCUCACAGUGCGACCUGUCCUCCUGGCGUGUGCCCGGCACCACGCCUUGCGACUGGAGCCCGCGCGUGGUCUGCGGCACCACUGCACCCAACUCCACCACCGGCGGCACCGACGGUACAACGGCGGCGCCGCCGGCCGUGGAUGGUGGCUUCAGUGAAACGGUGGUCCUGCUGAACUUGACGGAUUGCUGGGGACCCUACAAUGCCAGCGCUAACAGCGUGGGCGGGAUGCAGAUGCCCAGCUCUGCGGACCUGGGCACAAUGCUGGGGCUGCGGACGCUGCUGCUCACCAACACCGGCGUUCAGGGGCCCCUGCCGAUGUCAGUCACGGGGAUGGGCGGCCUGGAGGUGCUGUCUCUGGGCCUUGACCGGGCGGCGCUGGCCGCCGACUUUGCCGCCGCCAACGGCGGGGCAAGCGCGCCAAAGGUGGCGGGCCGCGGGGUCACCGGUUCGAUCCCCGCUGGCUACAGUUCGCUGUCAGCUCUGUCGCGCCUGGACCUGCAGGGCGCGGCGCUGAGCGGGCCGCUGCCUGCUGGCUUCAGCACGCUGACGGGCCUGGUCUCGCUAGACCUGUCAGCAGAGGACGGCCUCAGCAGCGGGGGCGAUGGCAGCAUCCCAAGCUCCAGCCUGACGGGGCCGCUGCCGGCGGCCUGGUCGACCCUUAGCCAGCUGACGCUACUGUCGUUGUCUGGGCAGCAGGCCGUGGGAGGGUCAGUUCCGGCGGAAUGGGGGGCGGCUCUUGCGCAGCUGCAGUGGAUUGAGCUGUCGGGGUGCGGGCUGACUGGACCAAUUCCGCCCUCCUUCAGCGGUCUGCAGGACCUGCGCUAUCUUGUCCUCUCCACCAACAGCCUCACCGGGCAGCCACCGGAAGCGCUUUCAGCCCUAUCAGACCUCCGGGAGCUCAGCCUAGAGGACAACACGUUCUCUGGAACAAUCCCUGAAGCCUGGUCAGCGCUGAGUAACAGCCUAACGUUACUGGACGUUUCCAGCAAUGCUGGCCUAGGCGGCCCGCUGCCGGACGGACUGAGCAGCCUCAGCAUCUUGCAAGAGCUCAACCUUCAGGCUUGCAACCUGACCGGCCCGCUGCCAGCCUCCUACAGUGCCCUCAGCAACCUGGCAUCACUGCUGCUGUCAACCAAUGCCCUGACGGGGCCCCUACCCGACGAGUGGUCAGCGCUGACAGUGCUUGAGGAGAUGGCAAUCGCCGGGAACGGCAUUCGCGGCACCCUACCCGACAGCUGGGCGGAUGGACUGCAGUCCCUGACGACCUUUGACGCAGCCUACAACCGCCUGACGGGCCCGCUGCCCGCCUCCUGGUCCGGCCUGGCGGCGCUGCAGCUGUUGGACGUGUCACACAAUGCCCUGUCCUCCAGCCUACCACCCGCCUGGUCGGCGCUGCUGGCGCUCAGCUCGCUCAAAGCAGACAGCAUGCGCAGUGAGGACGGCAGCACCAGCGUAGGCCUGGACGGACCGCUCCCCGAUUCCUGGUCCGCGCUGACCGUUCUAGCGCACCUGCAGCUGGCCGAUGGCGCCUUCACGGGCACGCUGCCUGCCUCCUGGUCGGCGCUCACCGCGCUGUCUGGGCUGGACUUGGGUGCUUCGGAGCUGCCAGGCGGCCCUGCGGGCGAGCUGGAAGGCCCGCUACCACCACAGUGGAGCGCGCUGCAGCGCCUGGUGCACCUCAGCAUCCCACGCCAGCCCGGCAUCAACGGCUCCCUUCCAGCAGACUGGUCGGCGCUCACUGGCCUGACUCACCUCGACCUGCAGGGUGAUAGCCUCAGCGGCCCGCUGCCGCCCGCCUACAGCACCCUCACACGCCUCGCCACGUUGGACCUGGACGCGCCUGCAGACGCGCAGGGCGCUCUCACGGGGCCGCUGCCUGCGGCUUGGUCGACGCUGGGCCAGCUGACAUUGUUAUCACUUUCAGGGCAGGAGAGCGUGGGCGGAUCACUGCCGCGGUCCUGGGGCAACGGUCUCUCCCAGCUGGAAUGUCUGGACGUAUCUGGGUGCAGCCUGACCGGCGGCAUCCCUGGCACCUACAGCCGGCUGACCGGCAUGACCCGGCUCGACCUCAGCACCAACAGCCUGACAGGUCAGCCGCCCGCCUCCUUCUCCGCCCUCACGGCGCUAGAGGAGCUGUCGCUCACCGACAACCUACUGGCUGGUUCCUUGCCCGACAGCUGGUCCACACUGACCACGCUCUCCGUGCUUGAUGCGGCCAUGAACGAGGGCCUCACCGGCCCCCUGCCCCCGGCGUACAGCACCAUGACUGGGCUGCGGCAGCUUGACCUGCAGGCCUGCGGCCUGACGGGCCCGCUGCCGGGCUCCUACAGCGCGCUGGUGUCUCUGGUGGGCCUCUCGCUGGCGCUCAAUUUCCUCAGCGGCACGCUGCCGGCCUCCUACAGCGCCUUGACGGACCUUGAGGACGCCAGCCUCGCCGGCAACUCCCUGACGGGGCCGCUGCCGCCAUCUUGGGGCGGCGCCAUGGCUGGCCUGUUCUCGUUCGACGCCUCGCACAAUGGUCUAACGGGCCCGCUGCCCGCCUCCUGGUCGGGUCUGGGGUCGCUGCAGCUGAUGGACGUGUCACAGAAUGAUGUGGCGGGGCCGCUGCCACCCAGCUGGAGUGUGCUGACGCAACUAGCCGUGCUGGAUACCAGUGGAAGUAGCGGCGCCGCACCGUCGGAGUCGCGGGGCCCGCUGCCCGACUCCUGGUCAGCGCUGACGGCGCUGCAGAGCCUGGGUGUGCAGGGCGCCAGCCUCAGUGGCAGCCUGCCCUCGUCCUGGUCGGCGCUACAGGGCCUGACGUGGUUGGAGCUGGGCAACGGCGGCGCGGGGUCACCAGCAGCCGCCGGCUCACUCAGUGGCUCGCUGCCGCCUGAGUGGCAGGCGCUAUCGGGGCUGCAGCACCUGGGAUUGGGCGGCCAGCCCGGCCUCAGCGGGCAGCUACCGCCCACUUGGUCCGUGCUGACGGCGUUGACGGCACUAGACCUGGAUGGCUCGGGGCUGAGCGGCCCGCUGCCGCCCUCUUACAGCGCCCUCACACGGCUUGUGGUCCUGGACCUGUCGGCGCCUACGCAGCCGAGCACUGGAGCGCCUGGCGGCGGCGGCCUGACAGGGCCUCUGCCGGCCGCCUGGUCCACGCUUGGACGCAUCACACUGCUGUCGGUGUCCGGGCAUGCAGGUAUCGGAGGCACGCUUCCGGCGAACUGGGCCUUGGGGUCGAAUGGCCUCGGCAGCAGUGUGCGCUGGCUGGAGCUGGCGGGCUGCGGCCUCACUGGGCCGCUGCCGCCGGAGUGGGCCCAGAUGAUCGCCCUGCAGGUGUUGGACGUGUCCGACAACACGCUCACAAGCAGCUUGCCGCCGGCAUGGUCUUCCCUGACGACGCUUCGUGAGGCGUGGCUUUUUGACAACGCCCUGACUGGCAGCUUGCCAGAGGCCCUGUCUGGGUUCAGCUCGCUGGAGGUCCUGGACGCCUCAGGCAACGCGGCACUGGGGGGUGGCCUGCCGGAGGGCCUCAGUGGCCUCAGUGCUCUGCGUGAUCUCAACCUUCAGGCUUGCAACCUGACCGGCCCGCUGCCGGCAUCCUACAGCACUCUCACUGGCCUAGUGUCGCUGGUACUGUCCACCAACGCCCUGACGGGCCCCCUUCCUACCGAGUGGUCAGCGCUGACGGCACUCGAGGAUUUGUCAGCAUUCGGCAACCGCCUGGAUGGACCUCUGCCGGUGGCAUGGGGAGCAAGCUUGGGCGCAAACGUGGCGACGGUGGACCUCUCGCACAACCGCCUGACGGGCCCGCUGCCAGCCUCCUGGUCGGGACUGGCGGCGCUGCAGCUGUUGGACGUGUCACACAACGCCCUGUCCUCCAGCCUGCCACCCGCCUGGUCAGCGCUGCUGGCGCUCAGCUCGCUUGAGGCCUCUUCAAACGCAGUCCCUGCCAACGUCACCGCUGGCGCGGCACGCGGCAUCAGUGGCCCCCUGCCGCCGUCAUGGUCGACUCUGACAGCACUGGCGCGGCUUGGGCUUGAAGGAGAGCGUGUCAACGGCACGCUGCCCUCAGCCUGGUCGACACUGACGCAGCUGUCAUGGCUGGCCCUGGGGGCACCCUCCAGCGCCCUUGCUGCUGGCGCAGGUGGCGGCGGCAGCCUAGGUAGCAGCAGCGGCAGCGAUGGGGCCCUGACGGGCUCGCUGCCACCGUCGUGGAGCAACCUGGUGGCAUUGCAGCGCCUGGCUGUGCCCGGCCACCCAAGCCUCGGCGGCUCACUUUCGGCGGGCUGGUCGGCGCUCACCGCGCUUACGGCCCUAGAUCUGGAGCACUCGGGGCUGAGUGGCCCGCUGCCGCCCUCCUACAGCACCCUCACGGGCCUCGUGGUCUUGGACCUGGCAGCCGCAGCACAGGCAGGCGCAGGCACCAAUACUAGCAGCCUUACGGGGCCACUGCCGGAGGCCUGGUCGACGCUGGGCCGGCUGACGCUGCUGUCCCUUUCGGGGCACGGCGACAUCGGCGGCUCCCUGCCACCAUCGUGGGGCUCAUCCCUGACUGCCCUGCGCUUCUUUGACAUGGCGGGCACCGGCGUAACGGGAUCCAUUCCAUCCACGUACAGCAGCCUGGGGCUUCUUCAACACCUGGACCUAUCCGCGAAUGGCCUGACCGGGCAGGUGCCGGAUUCCUGGGGCACCACGUUCACCAGCGUGCAGGAGCUACUGCUAUUCGACAACAGCUUCUCCGGUACCCUCCCAGAUUCCUGGCAGCUGCUACGGUCGUUGGAGGUCCUGGAUGCCUCGAGCAAUCCUGGCCUGAGUGGGCGGCUGCCGGACGGCCUCAGCGGCCUGAGCGCACUGCGUGAGCUCAACCUUCAGGCUUGCAACCUGACCGGCUCGCUGCCAGCCUCCUACAGCGCCCUCAGUAGCCUGGCGUCGCUGCUGCUGUCCGUCAACAACAUCAACGGCACGCUGCCCGUCGAGUACUCGACGCUCUCGAGCCUGGAGGAGCUGGCAGUAGCUGGCAACCAGCUCGGGCGCCAGCUACCGCCUGGCUGGGCGACGGGACCGCUCACAACCUCGCUCCUCACGUUGGACCUCUCGCACAACAGCCUGACAGGCCCGCUGCCCGCCUCCUGGUCGGGACUGGCGGCGCUGCAGCUGUUGGACGUGUCGCACAACGCCCUGUCCUCCAGCCUACCACCCGCCUGGUCGGCGCUGCUGGCGCUCACUUCGCUCGUGGCCUCCCGCAACCCCAACAUUGCCGGAUCGUUGCCGCCAGAAUGGGCUGCCGGCCUGCCCUCGCUGCAGCAGCUGCUGGUGGCAGGCUGCUUCCUAGACGGCUCCUUGCCCGCCUCCUGGGCUCCUGCCGGGGCGGCUGGUGGCGGCGCAGGCAGCGGCAGUGGGCUGGGCUUUGCUCUGGCGCGGCUGGAGCUGGGCAGCAACAACCUGGAGGGGUCGCUGCCUGUGGGCUGGAGUGGGCUGACCCGCCUGAGCUACCUGGACCUGUCCGACAACCAGAUCCGCGGCAGCGUGCCCGCGCCCUGGCUGCGCGCUGGCAGCGGCAUGCCCUCCCUCCAGGUGCUGCUGCUGGGCACGAACCUGCUAGACCAGCCCCUGCCCGACGUCGCAGCGCUCUUCCUGGCGUCGCAGAGCGGCAAUGCGAAUGCAGCCGCAAUAGCCGCGGCGGCCGCAGCGAUUGGCGUCGCGCCCCUGCUCCAACUGAACGUCUCGUUCAACAGCAUCUCCGGACCGCUGCCCGGGCCCAGCCAACCGUACAUGUCGUACCUGGUCGGUUUAGAUCUAACUUCCAACGGUCUUUCCGGCCAACUGCCGCCCGCCUGGAGCCUGCUCACGUCUCUGACGGCGCUUCGACUGGCGCAGAACGGGUUGAGCGGGCCGCUGCCGACGGUCUGGGCGGCGCUUGGUGGCAGUAGCGCAGCUACAGCGGCGGUGGGAGGGCGGAGGAGGAUCAGCCUGGAGGCCAUGGGUGCCGGUGCUCGCGGGCACCGCAGCCUGAUGGGUCAUGUACACAGUUGGCCGCUGGAGCGCAAAGGUGACAACGAGGCAACAGCCGGCUUGUCGCAGGCCGCCCGCCGGUUGCAUAGCAAGAGCAACGGUGGCCUGCUCAGCUGGCUAGCGGGUCUGCAUCAGCAGCGGCUGCAGCAGGCCACUGCCAUCUUGGGCCCGUCCCACCGCCGCCUGCUGCAGCAAUCUGUCGGCUCGGGUCGCAACAGCACCGGAGCCGGUAGCACUGGUGCCGGUGCCAUCUCGGGCGCGGUGCCGGGCAGCGGUCUAGCGGUGCUGCAGCUGUCGGACAACAGCUUGACCGGAUCGCUUCCGCCGUCUUGGAGCAGCCUGAGGGCGCUGACGCAGCUGACACUGGCACGCAACUCGCUGCAAGGCCCCAUCCCCACCGCUUGGCCAGUGGGCAUGACGUCGCUGCAGGAGCUGACGACAGCUGGCAACGACCCGCUGCCGGGCAUCUGUGGCACCAACCCCGGCGGCAGUACCUGGCCACUUGGCGGUGCUGGGGAGCUAGCGUCGCUGUCAGCCUGCACAGGCCUGUCCUCGCCGCCCCCUCCGCCGCCGUCUCCGCCAUCGCCAGUUCCACCGCGGCCCCGGCCGCCGUCACCCAUGCCGCCAGGCGAACCGCCGCUAACGCCAGACCAGGGCUCUGUCUUCUCCCCACCACCGGCGCCAAAGUCGCCGCGGCCACCACGGCCACCGCCGCCGUCGCCCCCUCCAGCGCCGCCGUCACCACCGCAGCCUCCCUCGCCGCCUCCCUCGCCGUCGCCACCAGAGCCACCCUUCUUCCCAGAUGAGCCGGUGGUACGACCGCCGCCGCCGCCUCCGCCGCCACCACGGCCGCCACGCCCACCGCCGCCGCCUCCCUCUCCGCCGCGCCCGCCCGCGCCCACGCCGCCUCAGGGUGUGGGCAUUGCGCCUUCCCCGGAGAGCGGCAACCAAGGCGAGGGCAAUGGCGGGGCACAGGCCUCGCCACCACCUCCCGGAGGCAGUUCCAGCUCCGGCUCCGGCUUCCAGCCGUGGUGGAUUGCGGCCAUCGUCGGCAGCAUCGUGGGCGCGCUGCUUAUCCUGCUGGCCCUGGUCGCCAUUUUCCGCGCCCGCCGGCGGCGCAGCUCCGGCAGCGCCUACGCCGUCCGCUCCGCCGGCUCCUCGCCCCUUCAGCCUCCUCCUGCCCCUGCCCAGCUGCCUCCUGGCUUCUUCCCUGGCGCUCCCGCGGCGCAGCCAGCGCUGCUCACGGCGCCGGCGCCGCCGCCUGCGGGCCUGGACCGGCCCUCGCUCAACGCGCGCUGGCACAACCCUGUGUUUGACACGCGCGAGAACGGCGAGGGCGCUGCCGACUGGAUGGACGUGAUGGACGCCUUCUACCUGGUGGAGAGCGAGGGAGCUCCUCCCGCACCCGCAACUGUGCCGCCGGGUGCUGCAAACCCUCUGUUCAUGUCAUCGCGGCGGGGCGCAGUUAUGGGUGCGGAAGGAGCGGUGCAGCAGCCGGCGUCCUUGUACGGGGGUUAUGGCACAGAGCGGUCGGCGGGCGGCAUGGUUGCAGGUGCUAGUGGCGGCGGUGCCGGGGUACGGCCAGCGGGAGAGGUGGUGGAGAACACGGGUGCCGUACAAGCAGAGGAGCUGCACAUAUACCAGCCGCAGCCGCCACGGCAAUCCCGCGCCUCACCGUACGGCUACGGCACUGCUGCGCGUGGCGGCGGCGCCCGUGCCAGUAACCGGCGUUACACGGCCGAUGUUUAGUCAUGCCGGACGAGGCUGCAUGAUGAUUACAAACGAAUGAGACAUAUUGCUCAAGCGAGUUUGGAAUGCUUGUGUGAAGCUUGUUUCUGUACAGCAUACACUGUUGGCUGCUUUUGACUGACUGACUGCAAACUGUGGUCGGGGCAAGGACACGGGGGAGGCAAACUCUUGGACGUCGUCGUGCACACCGGUAACUUUGGCUCAGGUCGCCCUGGCUGCGAUACACGAUAACACAGGUGUGAUGUUGUGCUCACUGCUGACUCGCGCGCAUAUGCGCACGCAAUUGACGCUUGCGGGGGGUAGUAAUGUGCUUCUGGUAUUUCUGCGUGCGAUUGCUUCCGUACUCCUACCCCAUGGAUCCAUGCAUGAGGUGGGAAUGGUGCUGAGAGUUGCGAAUACCCCCAGCAUCCGUGGCCACAUUUCGUCACAUCCGCACGAGUGGGGGUGUUGGGCUCUCAAUUAAGUUUUGGUGUGAUGUCCUGAGAAGGGUCGCCCGCCAUUGGGCUCUUGCUGUGCAUGCGAACGUACUCGGGAGUUGGGGUGAGGUGUCCAAGGCCCUGAAAAGCGUUUUUGCAACUGUGCAACAUACAGUGCCCUCCACGGACAUGCCCCCACGAUGUUAGGGCCAUUCGUGGCUCUCGCCAACGCCGCGUCCCCACACGCCGAAGCAAUGUGUUGAGUUUGCGCCUAGGACAGACGACCA